UGACAACUUCGCAGUGUCUGGUUUUUAUUCACAAUUAUUCUAUAUUGGUAAAUGGCAGCUCGUAUUAAAUACACCAAUAAGAUGAUUAAAACGCGUAGGAAGCGAUUAAUUCAGGCCAAACUGAGGAAGAAACCAUUAACUUCUUUUGAUCGCAAGCUUCUAGAAUUGGAGCGCAGUAUAAACAGAUUGACUAGAGAAGUUGGGGACUACAAAAGGCAGUACAGGGAGAACAAUAAAGUCAUCAUUAGGACCUCGGACAUCGGAUUACCAUUCAAUCUGAAUCUGAAUAUCAAGCAAAGAGUUGAAUCCAUCGCCGUUCAGCUUUUGGUAGACGGUCAAGCGCCAAUUCUGGUUUUCACUUCCCAAUCCUCAAAAUCAACUCUCCCAGGGAAUCAUGGAUAA